UGGUGGGUGGAGAGCUAACGAAUUCCUCGUGCAGACUGUACAUAGUUCAGUCAGUUCGUCUUGAGUGGUUUGUGUUCUCGUGCUACUAAUUGGAAAUGGUUAUUAAGAGUAAUUCUCCUACCGGCUACUACGUUCAACAGCGUCCAUGGACUCCUACUAAACGACGUGGACCAAUAGCAGCGGAACAUAAAGGUCCUGGCCCGGCCUCAAUUUCAUUGCCAUCUACGUUUGGUCCAACUAGCAAAGAUGCAAGUCAUUCCAAAUCUCCAUCAUACACGUUUGGAGUGAAGGUUGAAGAAAAGAGAAAGGAUUACACUCCGGGUCCAGGAACUUACGAAAUUUCUGGAAUUUCUGAGAAAGGAAAGGAAACGGUGCCCGCACCUUCAAUAUCUGGAAGAAUGAAGGAGCCCGAAAAAUUUAAAACUCCUGCCCCUGGUGCUUACACUCCAGAAAAUUGCGAUAAAACAGUUCUAAAUGGUUCUCCCAGUUUUUCGUUCGGAGCGAAAUUAAAGGAACACAAAAAAGAUAAUUUUCCUGGUAAGUUGAAUGUGCCUGGCCCCGGAGCUUUCUCCCCUGAAAAGGUGUGGAUGAACAAACAGAAUUCACCACGUCAUAGUUUUGGAAUCAAACAUAGCCAAUAUGUCGCCACAUUUACCAGUUCUUCCUAAGGGAAGGUGUGCGUUGUCUCCCAGCAAACUCCGGCCUACAGCUUUGGAAUUCGUCAUUCUCCCUAUGCAUCCUAAGUCAGAUGCUUGUGAUCUUAAUUCCACGAAGCGACUAGUCGCUUCAGAUAUUUCCACCUUAGUGUUUUCAGGAAUACUAAAUCUUUAUUUUUUUAAUAAAUGCUUUAAAUUGAAUUUAAAUAGUGCCCUUUUCUUUGGGAUUGAUAAUAAUAAGAGCUACUUAUUAUAGAAAUGUGAGUAAUCGAUUUAUUGAUCUAUAUUGGUUUUAACGAAAGCAAUCUGCAUUGUAUCAUACGACGUGUAUUUUGAAAUAUAUUCAAGAUGACACAAUGUAACACCUUCCCACAAUUUCAAGCAAAACGUUGUCAAAAAAACAAUUUUUUUUGUUUCUUUACAUGAAUAAUCAAGUGUCUUUUAUCCUGUAAAAGUAAAUAUUAGAAAACAAAAUCAUGGUUUAUACGCGCAAAUAAGUAUACAUAUAUUUAUUAAAACAGUUUAAAACGUAAAAGAAUUAGUGAAUUUUGUCUUAACAUUGUUAUCUAUUGAUUAUAAUAUCUAAAAUCGAGGUAAGAUGAAUAUUAACAUAAAAUAUUGAUGGAAACUUCUUCUACUAAACCGUUGGUAGGCAAACAUUACCUUAAACAGACUAGAUAAUAAUAAAUAUUAUUAUUUCAUUACCUUAAACAGACUAGAUAAUAAUAAAUAUUAUUAUUUCAUUACCUUAAACAGACUAGAUAAUAAUAUAU